ACCCUCCACUAUAAAGGCAAGGGCGCACCGGACACCACCCUCACACCCCUCGCCACCACCUCCACCACCACAGCUCCCGCCACUACGCCCGAACACUCGAGAAGGAACCGCCGAGAACCUCAAAUAACCUCUUCCUCCGUCAGUUCUCCUCGUCUACUCCCCCCUCUCCUACUCCUCCUCCUCCUCCUCCCUCAGCAGUGUAGUGUUGCCCGGUGUCGGCACUACAAGUAGGUAGGUUCUAGGUGUGUGCUCCCCCGCGGCCGUCCUGCUGGGGAGGAAGAUGGAGGGGCCACACGCCCUUCUCCUGCUGACGGCGGCGGCGGCGGUGAUUGUGAUGGUGGGCGCCGCUACCACCUCACUCUCCACGCAGAGGGACGCCAAAUUCCUGUUUGCGUCCAACCCCAUCAUGUGCCAGGGGGACAAGGGGCGCCAGGGGGCGUGUCUCCCUUACUUCAGGUGCGGUGUCUUCGAAGGGGAGGUGGAGGGAACGUGCCAAGUCGUGGGUCAGUGCUGUGUAGUGCAGAGGUCGUGUGGAGAGACUUCCACAGCGAGAAUCACUUACUUCAACAACGAAUUUCUCCCUAUUGAGGAUGGACAUAGUUGUAGCGUCACCAUCACCAGCCCGACUUCUAUCGCCUCAAGGGAAAUAUGCCAGCUCCACCUGGCGUUCGAUAUGGUGGAGUUGGCCGAGCCCACCGCUGACGGGGCGUGCGAGGAUCAGUACCUGGAGGUGAAGGGCGGCAGCGAGUCCUUGAAAAUCUGCGGCAAAAAUAAGAACCAGACGAUGGUGGUGGACGUGGAGGGGCGCGAUGGGCCCUUCAAGGUGUCCGUGGUGACCAAGGACGGCGUGGUUACAGACGACAGCAAGUGGCAGGUGAAGGUGGUGCAGGUGCCGUGCGACUCCGACGACCUGGCGCCCCAAGGUUGUGACCAGUACCUGACGGGGGUGACGGGGGAGGUUAAGUCCUACAACUACGACACGACGGCGUCAGCGUACGAACAUUCAGCCGGGAAAUCGGGGAGUCGCCACCUGCAGGAGUCUUACAGGAUCUGCGUGCGGCAAGAGGAGGGCUACUGCAGCCUCAAAUGGACGGCCGCAAGUGACGACUAUGCCUUCACUAUUUCGGAGGAUCUUUCAGUAGUCACACCAAACACGGCCAUGAAGGUCGACGCUGACUGCGAAUUCACUGACCACCUUAACAUCCCAGAGGCCAACAUAGAGGGUGAGGAUAAACCUACGACCAUCUUCUGCGGCUCAAUGUUCCCCCCAGCCGUGCUCACCACCUCGUUUCAGAUGUACGUGGUGUUCAACGGGGAAGAACUUCUUGACACCGAUAUCGACAACCGAGGCUUCUAUCUCAAAUACGAACAGAUCGAGUGUUGAACGGGCGAGCGAGUGAACAGUUCAGACGGGUGGAAUGGGUGGAGUGACAUACUUCAUUCCUCCACCUCCAUCCCUCUACAGCAACCUUCUUCGACUGAGUUUCCUCCUGUACCCACCAGAUGCCUCCAGCCACGCAGCCCAUCUUCUUUUGCGACCCCGUGGAUGUGUUAGUUUGACGAAUCAGUUAAUCAGUACAUUGGUUAUUUCGUCAGUUAGUCAGUCAGUCAGUCAAUACUUUUUCACUUCCCACAAAUAUAAGUGCUCUCUCCACCCCCCCCCCCAUAUUUUCCCCUUCACCACACCUCCCCUCAACAUCCUCAUCAGGCCCAUCUCUUCCCAAUCACUAUUCUGUUCACUGUCUAUCGUAACCUCUCAACGUCGCUCAGUUUCCUUCAUUUAUUUAUUAUUUUCUGCUCAAACAAUUAACUAUCUUCAGUAUUUAUUCCUAACUCUAAACCCUUCACAGUUAACUUUGAAUCCACCUUUCUAAUUUUAAUCCACGACCCUCCAUCACGAAACUCCCAUUGUAAUUCAUCUUCUCUUUGUAUUUUAUUUAUCUCUCAUUUUAUUUAUUUAUUUUAUUGUUAUUUCACCUAAUCAAUUCACUCUACCACUAAGCCUACUGUUCCACCUCUUGUUGUAACGCUCAAACAUUUAUUCUUUAUACUUUGCUUCUUGUUAUUAAUCCAGUAUCAUCGAUAUAUUCCCAAUUCCCACAUUCCCUUUCAACACAUUCUCAUUUACUUCCCCAGCUAAGAAGUCUUUUUUUGUUUUUGUUUGGCUCAAUGAUCCUUUCCUAUAUCUUUCACCAUUCAUCUCUUCAGAAAGUGACCAUUGGAUCCCUUAUGAUCACCCUCCUCCAUUAACCUUAAAUUUCCAGCUCUGACAUUCUUUUCUUUACUAUUUUGGGUUCCUCGUGCAAUUCGUCUCAAAGCCAAAAAUCCCUGUUUCCUUGUAUACCUUCUCCUCUCCCCCCCUCAUCUGCACUGAUCCACCACCACCCUCACCACCCUCCCUAAACUACCCUCCUUACCCCCCCAAUCACUCAUCUUUCCCUUUCCUCUUUUCCCACCGUCAUGAUCCUUGUAAAGCACUGUUAUGUAAGCAUCAUGUGUGUGGAUAUGUGUGGAAAGUAUGGUGUGAUUUCUGCUCAGUUUAGUGUCACAAUGUUUAAGUGAGGUCUAGUUGUUCCCGGGGUCAACUCAGCGACAUUCCUCCCGCUGUCUUCACGCCCAAAACAACCUGACCUCGCCUAAACACUGUGGCACUAAUCUGAGCAGCAAUUACACCAUACACUUCACAUAUCUACAUACAUGAUACUUACAUAUUAGUGCCGUAGGUCCAUAUUCUUAGAAGUGUCGGGCUCCCACCACUACUGUUUUCCAAGGCCACAGAGAAGAUUAACCCGAUUUUCAUGGAUGAUUUUCCCGUUCAUGGUGCAGAGGUGUAGAGCCUUAACCAGGAACUCAAAACAGGUCAUGAAAAUCCCAGCAACUUCUACGAGAGGCUUUUCAAACUGGCGAUCUGGGGUGUCGAUACGUUUAACAACACGGACUCUACAUCCUCCUUCACUCAAGUUCCUCACACUCCCUCCUCCUCCUCCUCCUUAACCUUAAUCUUCCCCACCGAGUAUAAUCACCCCAAUCCAUCCCCAGCUACCCACACCCCAACCAGCUUCGACAGAUUUCACACACCACGCACCCAUCCCAUGCACCCAUCCCCGCCAUCACCACCACCACCAGCCCACCGCCACCCCACAUUUAUCUCCUCCCCACACCACCCCUCUACACUCCACCUGUAUUCCCCCUCCCCCUCCCAACCCCACCCCUCACUACCUACAAAGAAUUAUGGCAGUCGGGUCCUCCUCCAACUCACAACCCCCCCCCCCACCCGUCCUUCCACCCCCCAAACACCCGGCUACUAUGCACCACCCAUCAAUAGUACUCCUCUCCCCUUCCCCCUCCCCCACUCCCAUUUUGCCCUCCCCCUGCCCCUCCGCCCCCCUGGUCGCGUCAUGAACGUGAGAAAUACUUAGUAAGAGGUGUAAUUAAGGUAGCAAGACGUAGGAUAAGGUUUUCAGUUGUUUGUGUAUAUUUUGUUAUGUUUGUUUGUUUGUUUAUACUCGUUGUGUUUUACGUUAAUAGAUAAUGAGGAAAAUGAGUGAUUCUGAUAUUGAGUUAUUA